AUGCCUUAUGAUGAGAAUACCAUUCCGGAGUGUACCUGGUGGUAUGACAAUGACAGCUCAACCACCUGCACUAAUCUGCUGCGCAACUGGGGAGUUCCCUUGGCAGACUUCAUGUUCUGGAACCCAUCUCUUACUUCGGGCUGUGGCAACUUUAUUGUUGGGCGCUCCUACUGUAUCGAAGCGCCCAUCUCUGCCCCGCCCGCGCCGUCUUCGACGAGCGUGAGAACCACCUCUACUGCCCCGUCCACUACAGCUCAAACCUCGACCUCGUCUAGGACUUCCGCCCAAACGACGCCCUCGAACGGCAUCGAGACGCCCGUCCCUAUAAAACCCGAUAUGGUGACUAACUGCAACGGCUUCUACCUUCAGCUCAUCACCUGGAACAAGCUCAACGCGGGCUGCACGGACAUCUGGGCUCAGUAUUGGGUCUGCGUCCACGUCAUCGGUCAGCCUUCGACAACCAGGCCGCCCACCACAACCACAUGGCCGACAACCACGACGCGGCCUACUACCACGACUGGCAACGGCAUCAACACGCCCCUCCCGACCCAGCCCUCGAUGGUGCCCAACUGUGACAAAUUCCACCUGAUCACGACCGGCGACACCUGCGCCAGCAUAGCGGCACGCAACGGCAUCACCGUGGCCCGCUUCAUCUCGUGGAACAAGUCCCUGACGACGGCCUGCACGACGCUGUGGGCCAACGCCAACGUGUGCGUGCGCACAAUCGGCUUCAAGCCGACCACGCAGGCCACGUGCUCGAGCUCGAGCAGCGACAAGCUGUGGGGUGACAACAAGCCAGAGGCGCUCGGCAGCGUCACCAAGUGGUGCGACGGCAACGCCAGCUCGGACGGCAGUGGCGCCUUCGUGGUAGGCCAAAGCAAGCGCGGCUGCUACAACGCCCCUUAUGGAACCAACAAGAUCGAGUUCUGGCUCCGCAACGAUUUCACCAUCGGGACGACACUCUCGGUGGUGCUUUGCAACGAGAUCGUUAAGGUGCCUAUCAACAGCGGCACGCGUGGUGGCACGGGCGUCAAUGAGGGAUGGUGGGUUAAGGCUACGGUGACGGCUGGAAGGUGUUAA